ACUGCACAGGGAAGGAGAGCAAACACACUGAAGAAGCUAAACUAGGAGGAGGUUUUCUUAUAAAACAGCUGCUAAAUGCAGAACACUAUAUUUGUUUGUCAAAGAACAUUGGAGUAAAUGUGAAGCAUGAAAAUUGGGCAAAGGAUUGAGUAAGACAUUUCAAAGUAUGAGACCAAGAAUACUGAAGGACCCUUGUGGAUGAUGGAGAGUAGUGAGAGAAGGGUUCUGGGGGCUGGUAUUGAGGUGCUGAGGGGAGAGCUGGAGGUGGUAGGCCUGGGGCUGGAGGAGCUGGGAGAUUGUCCCUGGGAGGAGGUGGAUGUUCCCCGCAUGGAGGGGGGCUGUACUCCUCUUAUCACUGCCUGCCAGAGGGGCUUGACUGAGGUUGUACACUUCCUUCUGAAAAGAGGAGCCGAUGUGACUCUGUGCAACCAUAGCAACCAGACACCACUGCAUGUGAGUCUUCCAGUCCUCCAGGGGGUGCUGUUAUCAGCCAUGUUCAGGGCUCUGCCCCACCAGACCCAGCUCCUCCAGGCUGCUUGGCAGGGAGACCUCCACUCCCUGCAGCACCUUCUGGCCCAGACAGACCUAGUGGACGUGAACACUCAGAACCGCGACGGGCUGACCCCUCUAAUGCUGGCUGUGAGGGACGUCGACUUGUUUGAGGAGCUGGACGUCCGAUUGCCAUGGGAAUACAGACCUGUGGAGGUGGUCAGGGAACUGCUGGCUCUCUCAGCUGACCUGGGGGUGUGUGAUGACAACGGCUGUUCUGCUCUUCACUAUGCUGCACAGAUAGAGAGCCCCAUGAAAGACGAACUCAUCCACAUGAUGGUUGAGUCCCUCAGACAGCCAGCGCCCACGCCCCUGGACCUGCAGUGCUUCCACCCUGACGAGCUGAGAGUAAACUCCCCCAGCCCCUCUCCCUAUCUGACCCAAAAUGUCCUCAUUCAGACUGCUGCCAGCACAGAGGAUUUGCUGGAGUCUCCAGAGUGCGUUCCUUUAUCCAACCAUCAUAAAGCAAUCAAUCAAGAUAAGGGGCUCUCCCUCUCCUUCCAGAGCGCCAUGGAUACCCUGAUGGACAUGAGGCAAGCCUACCAAGAUCUGGGGAAGGGUAGCAGUCAAGGUUCAUCUCUACCCAGUCUGUGGUUCAGAGCCAGACACUUAGACAAACUGGAUCCUACACCGGGGCUAUUGAAGACCACAGGAAGCUCAUCCUGCCUGCCUGUUUCCCCCAGGCUCAGAUGUGAGGCUGUGGCCCCCAGCCCGGUGGCCCCUCACCCAGCCCAGCUGAGCCAAUCUGCCCCCGGUCUAUUGGAGCCUCUCCUGGACUCUCUAGUCCAUGCCCGAGUUCACAUCCAGAACAGGCUUGGAUGUGGUGAAACGGAGAAAAAAAGCAGUGGUCGAAAGGGCUCCUUCCCUGCCCUGCUUCCAGGCCCCAUCAGGACCCCCAAGCUGUUAGCCCCUCUGGAGGGGAGGCAUAGAAACGGUGGAGUGCUGCCCGGCCUGAAGCACCCUUCUCCCCUAAAGCCCAUCAACCUUGUGCCCCUGAUGCCCCUGACCUCCAUGUCCUCCAUAACCUCCAGGCUGAGGAGGGAGAGGCUGGCCAGGACCAGGGUGAGCCCCAGAGGGUCCCCAGGCACCAGAGGGGGCAGCGAGGAGAGCAGCUUCAGUAGCCAAUCCUCCAUUGACUUGGAGGUAGAGGUGGAUGACAAUAAGAGAGACUUAAGAGACCUAAGAGAGACUACAGCAAAACAACACGCUGGAGAGACUUUUGAGGGAAGGUUGCAAUUGGAUCUAGACUCAUCUGGAAAGUUUAAUGUUGGAGAUUACAGUCAGGAUAAUGCAGACCAUAAGAAUAGGGAGUCGACAAGACAUCAGGGUGCCUUUCCUAGGGAUAACAAGGAAGGAGUAUCUAUCAAAUCUGACCCUGGAGGGAGAGGGUACAAAGCAAUAAUUGAGUUGAGUCACCAACUUAACAUCUUUGAAAUUCGUCAAAUCGGGGUUAACAGCACUUCAUGCUUUGAGAGGGACUGUGAGGGUGCUCAGGGGGGUCUCUCAAAAGAGACUACAAGUACUGAGCCAACUACCACAUGUCCCUUUGCAUCUAAAAGAAAUGGAAACAAAGAGAUUCAAGUUGAUGACAAUGCAAAGACUAGUGUUGUGGAUGACACCAAGUAUCAAUGUCUUCCUUCCACUGUGAAUGUCACACUACCUGAAUUAAACCCUCCUACAGAGAAAAAGAUCAAACCUAUCAAGCCUGCCAAGAACAAAGAGAGUAGAGGCAGCACUAGCAUCCAAACCAAUCAGUCUUUCAACGUCUUGGCACACAAAGAUCACAUUCGGGGGAACAGCAAGUCCAAAAGCAACCUGAGGACUUCACCCAUUCCUUCACAAGUCAAAGGCAAAGUCAGAAAACCUCCUGAUCUCAUCGUCAAUGGGAUAAUCUCUACAAAGACUGGUCAGAAUAGCACAGACUCAACCUCUGUCAGAACGAGGGUUACAGAGCCCGUACAUCCAAGCUGCAAAAAGCUGAACAACGACAAAAAGGCACUUAAAAUAAAAGUACCUUGUCAGAAACAUAUUCAGCAGAGGGAACCGAAAAGUGCCAGACAAGCCAAGACUGGGUCACAACUGGGGACCCUGAGGGCCAAGUCAGCCGUGGACUACAUCACGUAUAGUGAUAUCUUCCAGGAAAUCAACACCGGAGAUGAGGGACCAGUCAUCUAUGAGAUGUUUGCCGGCCCGGUGUUUGACAACAUAAGAGUUUCCAGUUCAUGUGAGAGGACGAGGCAGGUCCCGUCUGCCCCGUCUAGGAAGACCCAAACCCACAGGACCAAACACAAAUGCCCUAAACCACUGGAGAGCAGAAGAGUGAGGCGAAGCCCUGUGGACAAGGCCAAGCAGAGGAAGAACAGGGCUAUUAGGCCUAUAUCCAGGGGAAAGUCACAUCUGACACCUAUCGCCAGCACGCAUGACAAAGACGACGUGGUGGUUAUUUCUGGGCUUGACUGGCAAUCCACAUCCAGACUAAGACUGAGCUGGUCCUCGGUAAAGAUGGAGAAGAGACCGUCUCUCCCAGCACACCAGAGGUUCAGGGGGGACCACAUGUUGUCACUGUCAGUGAUCGAAGAAGUGCUGUCUAUGUCCAGCCAUACGCCAAACCCACUAAUCUCUCACCACUGGCCGAGAGACGAAACCUCCCCCAGUCAGACAAAGACUAAACUCACAUCUCAUUCUGACCCAGUUGAUGAUCACCUCCAUGUGCUGCACAAUAGGGGACCCAUGGCGAACAACAUGUCAGAAAAUGAGAAAAACAAGGCAAAUCAUUUAGACCAUUCAUCCACCCUAUCCGAUUGCCCUGUGCAGCCUAAGAUCAACACCUGGACCUCAGGUAGCUGUGACAGCAGGACAGUGUCCCCUGUGUUCCAGAAGUUUCAGGAUGAUGUGGGGGAGGGACCACUGACCGAUGACCUGCUCCGUUGUCUGGCAGAAGAGCUGAUGUCACUGGAUGAGAGAGAUGGUGUAUGUCCAGAAAACAACUGUGACUCAGACCAGAGGGAAUUCAGAAACAAUUCUGAGCUGAGAUGUGAGAAGUCAUUACUGGGGGAUUUUACAUCACCUGGAGAAGUGCUCAGUGGGUCUGGGUUGGUAGUGGAUGAUGCCAUCACCUGGAGGAAAGGAGAAGUGCUGGGCAGAGGAGCUUAUGGAACUGUGUUCUGUGGACUGACCAACCAAGGCCAGCUGAUAGCCGUAAAACAGGUGGCCCUGGACGCCUCAGACCUCGUAACCGCAGACAAGGAGUACAACCGUCUACAGGAGGAAGUAGACCUCUUAAAGAACCUCCAUCACGACAACAUUGUGGGAUUUCUGGGCACCUCUCUGCGGGACCACAUGGUCAGCAUCUUCAUGGAGUAUGUCCCCGGAGGCUCCAUCGCCAGCGUGCUCCACCGCUUUGGUCCCCUUCCGGAGCGCGUCCUGGCCCUGUACACUCGCCAGAUCCUGGAGGGGGUGUCCUACCUGCACCUCAACAGGGUCAUCCACAGGGACCUGAAGGGGAACAAUGUGAUGUUGAUGCCUACAGGAGUAGUCAAGUUGAUAGACUUCGGCUGCGCCCGCCGUUUGAGAUGCCUCACUCACACAUACAGUCAUAGUGACCUCCUGAAAUCGGUGCAUGGCACGCCCUAUUGGAUGGCGCCAGAGGUAAUCAACGAGACGGGUCACGGCAGGAAGUCGGACAUCUGGAGCGUGGGGUGCACAGUGUUUGAAAUGGCCACGGGGAAGCCGCCGCUGUCACACAUGGACAAGAUGGCAGCGCUGUUCUACAUUGGGGCGAGGCGAGGCCUAAUGCCCUCGCUGCCUGACAGGUUCUCAGAGGACGCCAGGGAUUUUGUUCAAGUCUGUCUGACCAAUGACCAGAAACAGCGCCCGUCUGCAGAACAACUAUUGGACCACCCUUUCAUUCCUAACAAUGUGAUCUUAGUUUAGGACCUACACUCAAAGCUGUUAGGAAAUAACGCCAGAUGUGCCAAUCAGGAACACCUAUCAAUCAUUUAUAUAACAUGUCCAAAUUGUAUUUUUAAAUGCCCUUUCAAAUGUAUUGCUUAAAACUUAGAUACUUUCCAUAGGCUAUUACACAAAUAAUUCCUUGAAUAUUUGGGGCACCUUUGAUACAACUAGCAUUUGUCAAACAUAUUGCAUCCAUACUUUUCAUAUAGCAUACAGUAAAUACCAACCAUACAACAUAGGUAAUGUUU